UUACCCCACCCAGUACUAGCUACGUCUUUAGUUACGUGUGCUAAUAUUCUCAGAACUUUUUAUGGCCAUAUUGAGGCUUUUUUACAAGCAUUAUUGAUUUGAGCUACUCUGGCACGGUAUAUAAUUUACAAUACUAUCUCUACCGCCAUAAGAAUCAGAAUCAACACUCAGAGGGAAGAAGAUAACUAGCUAACUGUGUUUAGGGGACGAGCUGGUUUAGCCUAACGAUGUCAGCACAAAUCAUUAGUGGAAAAGAAGUUUCAGCGCAGGUAAGGGAGAGGCUGAAGAAGGAUGUGGCGCAGAUGAAGACGCAGGACCCUAAUUUUCGACCAGGUCUGGUUGUGUUACAGGUGGGGGACAGAGAUGAUUCAAACCUCUACAUCAGCAUGAAGCUGAAGGCAGCAGCUGAGAUUGGAAUUAAUGCCACACACCUGAGGCUCCCCAAGACUGCCACAGAGGAUGAGGUGCUGCACAGCAUUAUGGAGGUGAAUGAGAACUCUGCUAUCCAUGGCCUCAUCGUUCAGCUGCCUCUGGACUCCAUCCACAAAAUAGAUACUGAGAAGGUGACCAACGUUGUGGCCCCAGAGAAGGAUGUGGAUGGUCUGACCUGUAUAAAUGCUGGGAAGCUGUCCCGGGGGGACUUGGGGGACUGUUUCAUCCCCUGUACUCCUAACGGCUGCAUGGAGCUCAUCAGACAGACUGGUGUUUCUGUGGCUGGGAAGAGAGCUGUGGUGAUUGGCCGCAGUAAGAUUGUGGGCGCGCCCAUGCAUGACCUACUGCUGUGGAACCACGCUACCGUGACAACCUGCCACUCAAAGACUGCUGACCUCGCUGCUGAGGUGGGCAGAGCAGACAUCUUGGUGGUUGGGAUUGGGAAAGCAGAGAUGGUGAAGGGGGAUUGGGUGAAGAAGGGAGCGGUGGUCAUCGACUGCGGCAUUAAUCACAUCCCAGAUGAGACGCGGCCCAGUGGGAAGCGUGUGGUGGGGGAUGUGCACUACUCCUCUGUUAAGGAGCAGGCUGGCUUCAUCACUCCAGUACCAGGAGGAGUGGGGCCCAUGACUGUGGCCAUGCUCAUGCAGAACACAGUGCUAAGUGCCAAGCGCUUCCUGGAGUCUCACCAGCCAGGCAAGUGGAGCAUCACCUACACCAAGCUCAUCCUGCAGAAGCCUGUGCCAAGUGACAUUGUGAUCUCGCGUUCCUGCGUGCCCAAGCCCAUCGACCGACUGGCCACGGAGGUGGGGAUGCUGUCGGAUGAGGUGGAGCUCUAUGGGAAGACCAAGGCCAAGGUGCAGCUGGACAUCAUCAGUCGCCUGCGGGCACAGCCUGAUGGGAAAUACGUGGUGGUCACUGGAAUCACCCCCACCCCACUGGGAGAGGGAAAGAGCACCACCACCAUAGGACUGGUCCAGGCCCUGGGGGCUCACAUGAAGCUCAAUGUCUUCGCCUGUGUCCGCCAGCCCUCCCAAGGCCCCACCUUCGGAAUCAAAGGAGGUGCUGCUGGAGGUGGAUAUUCUCAAGUAAUUCCCAUGGAGGAGUUCAACCUCCACCUCACGGGAGAUAUCCACGCCAUCACAGCUGCCAACAACCUGGUGGCGGCCGCCAUAGACGCCCGUCUGUUCCAUGAAGCCACCCAAACAGACAAGGCUUUAUAUAACCGUCUGGUCCCUCUUAGUGGAGGUCAGAGGACAUUCUCCCCCAUCCAGAUAAACAGACUAAAGAGACUGGGCAUUGAGAAGACUGACCCCACCACUCUGACCGAGGAGGAGAUAACCCGCUUUGCCCGACUAGACAUGGACCCUGACUCCAUCACCUGGCACAGAGUGAUAGACACCAAUGAUCGUUUCCUGAGGAAGAUCACCAUUGGCCAAUCGCCAACUGAGAAGGGACACACUAGGGAGGCUCAGUUCAGCAUCACGGUGGCCAGUGAGAUCAUGGCCGUGCUGGCUCUCACCAGCAGCCUGAAGGACAUGCGCCAGCGCCUGGCCAAGAUGGUGGUGGCAACCAGCCGCAGUGGGCAGCCCAUCACCACAGAGGACCUGGGUGUGAGUGGAGCCCUGACUGUGCUGAUGAGGGAUGCCAUCAAGCCCAACUUGAUGCAGACUCUGGAGGGAACCCCCGUGUUCGUCCACGCCGGACCUUUCGCCAACAUCGCCCACGGCAACUCCUCCGUCCUGGCUGAUAAGAUAGCCCUGAAGCUGGUCGGCCCGGAGGGAUUUGUGGUGACUGAGGCUGGGUUCGGCGCUGACAUCGGCAUGGAGAAAUUCUUCAACAUCAAAUGCCGCUACUCCGGCCUGCGGCCUCACGUGGUGGUGCUGGUGGCCACCGUCCGAGCCCUGAAGAUGCAUGGAGGUGGGCCAACGGUUACUGCUGGGAUGGCCCUGCCCAAAGAAUAUGUGGAAGAGAACCUUGAGCUGCUGGAGAAGGGCUGCAGUAACAUGAGGAAACAAGUGGAGAAUGCCAGGCACUUUGGAGUGCCAGUGGUGGUGGCCGUCAACGCUUUCAAGACGGACACUGAAUCAGAGCUGGACCUGAUCUGCACCCUGGCCAAGGAGGUAGGGGCCUUUGAUGCGGUGCGCUGUUCUCACUGGGCUGAAGGGGGUGCUGGUGCCGUGGCCCUGGGACAGGCUGUGCAGAGGGCUUCUGAGGCCCCCAGUGACUUCAAGUUCCUCUAUGAUGUCGAGCUGCCCAUUGUGGAUAAGAUCCGGAUCAUUGCUCAGAAGAUCUAUGGGGCUGAUGACAUAGAGCUGCUGCCAGAUGCCCAGCACAAGGUGGAGCUCUACACCAAACAGGGCUUUGGAAAUCUGCCCAUCUGCAUGGCAAAGACCCACCUGUCCCUGUCCCACGAGGCGGAUAAGAAGGGCGUGCCCACAGGUUUCGUCCUGCCCAUCAGAGACAUCCGUGCCAGUGUGGGUGCUGGGUUCCUCUACCCUCUUGUUGGCACGAUGCCCACAAUUCCAGGGCUGCCCACAAGGCCCUGUUUCUAUGACAUUGACCUAGACCCUGAGACUGAGCAGGUCAACGGACUCUUCUAAGAGGGGUUCCACCCUUUCUAACGAGGUGAUCUGUGGUCUGCAGCCCCCAAAACAAGGCCUAAUAAAAUGUGAUGGAUUAGUAACUGGAAGCUCUUCUCUCCCUUGUCAAUAAUGUCCUGUAUUUUUCACUGUCGCUGACAUCUGUCAAUAGUACAUUUCCUCUGCCCAUGGUCACUGAAGGGUAAAAUAAAGAAACUUAAUUAAGAAA